GUACAGGAUUUGAAUCUGUAAAGGAUUUGAAUCAGUAAAGGAUUUGAAUCAGUAAAGGAUUUGAAUCAGUAAAGGAUUUAAAUCUGUUUAGAUCAGCAAACAACACAUAUAUACAGUCCAUGAAUACCAUUACCAUGUAACAAGAGAUGGCAGGACAAAUAUGGAGAGCAGGCAAAAGAUUAACAUUCACAGUGAAGAGAGGAUGGAUGAGAAAGAGAGACGAUAAUAGUGAGAGGGAGGAAAAGGGAGAAGUGGGGUGAGAAAGAUAGAGAAAGAAAGAGGGAGAGAGGAAUGAAGGAGUGCAGUAGUGUUGAUUAACCAGUGGGCCGUCCCUCGGACUCGAUGCAUCAUAAGAAUGCCGACCAAUCACAUCACAGCCUCGUGCGUCUCCAUGGUAACUGGGCUUCCUAGCUCCAGAGGAGGUGGAGACAAAGGGAGGAAAGGAGAAAAAGGGUAGGUGAAAAGAGGAAGAGCGAGCGAAUCGAUGUCUUCUGUUUUUUUUCUUUCUCUGAUGGCUGUUUUCACACCAAGCGCUCCUCUCAUGCUGCCUUAGCCACAUCACAGCUGAUGAGACCACAGACCAACACAACAACAACAACAACAACAACAUCAUAACCAGACUAAGGCCAGUCGUUGAUGGUGAUAGGUGUAGGGAUGUCAGUGUGGCAGGCUUUCUGGCUGAUGGGGCUGUCGAGAGCGGGGAGAUGAGAUGACCCUUCAGUCACCGUAGAUUGGAUCUGCUGGUUAUGACAAGCUGUCUAAGUGUCGUCCUGCUUCUGAAAGGGCUUCAGGAGGGCAGCAGCCUUGUGAUUCGGUGGAAUGGAGGCUUGUGACGUGAUGGUCUGAACCGUAAUGUGUUCCAUCCCGGCUGUUUGAUGCUGCUGCUACUUGGGUAGAGCGGCUCGUUGAGAGGACCCCCUGCCCCCCCCUGCCCCCCUGUGCCACCCCACCACCUAGCUACCAUGCUGAUCAAGGAGUACCGGAUCCCCAUGCCUAUGAGCGUGGAAGAGUACCGCAUCGCCCAGCUCUACAUGAUCCAGAAGAAGAGCCGAGAGGAGAGUUGUGGUGAGGGCAGUGGGGUAGAGAUCCUAGAGAACAAGCCGUAUGAGGAUGGUCCAGGCGGGUCGGGUCAGUACACACAGAAGGUGUACCACAUCGGGAAACACAUCCCCUCAUGGUUCUGCUCCAUCCUGCCUCAGGCUGCUCUACGCGUGGAGGAGGAGUCCUGGAACGCCUACCCAUACACACGCACACGGUAUACCUGUCCAUUCGUAGAGAAGUUCUCCAUAGACAUUGAGACGUAUUAUAAACCUGACACAGGGACCCAAGAGUGCUUCAAUCUGUCAUCAGCAGACAAAAGAGCGAGGACUGUAGACCCCAUUGAUAUCGUCAAGGACUACAUUGCGCCCCAUGAGUACCUGGUUGAGGAGGAUCCUAAGCUGUAUGUAUCGGUGAAAACUCAGCGAGGACCACUGACUGACGACUGGAUCGAAAUGAUCAACCAGAACCCCACCCAGAACCCAGUCAUGUGUGCCUACAAGCUCUGCAAGGUGGAGUUCAGAUACUGGGGCAUGCAGUCCAAGAUAGAACGCUUCAUACACGAUGUUGGCCUGCGUAAGGUGAUGGUGCGUGCCCACCGGCAGGCGUGGUGCUGGCAGGAUGAGUGGUACGGUCUGACCAUAGAGGACAUCAGACAGCUGGAGCUGGAGACCCAGCUAGCCCUAGCCACGAAGAUGGCCCAGUACAGCCUCAGUGACACCGAGGAGGGUGCAGCAGAGUCCAACAGGACCCCUGUCACGCCAGACCGGGACUUGGAGGGGGCCCUGCGGGAUGGGGAAGAGGUGGAGGGAGGAGGGGCAGGGCUGGGAGAUACGUUACAGACGCGUGGAGAGCUCACCAAGCAAUGGUCGACUUCGUCCAGGUCAUCUAAUAGAUCCUCGAAGAGAGGAGGAAGUCCUGUGCACCAGAACAUCUCAGAGUGGCGGAUGCAGAGUAUCGCUCGUGACUCAGAGGACAGCACUGACGACGAGUUCUUUGAUGCUCCUGAGGACUUCUCUGGAGAUGAGGAGAUGUUAUUACAUGCCAAGGAGAUGAACAAGUGGAGUUCCAACGACCUGAUGGACAAGAUAGAGACUACAGAGACAGAUGAAGGCCAGGAGAGCCUGUAUCAGGAGUCGGGUGAAGACUAUACAGUAACCAGUAGUGAGGAACGACUGAUUGAGCGCCACGUCUCUAGUAAACGGAGACGUCGUUCCACUCUCAGGUCCCACAGACGACCAGCUGAUGGGUCGUCUCAGCAGUGUCUGAUGCCCUCCAAGAUCCACGUUCUGGUUCUGGUUCUUCAUGGGGGUAACAUAUUAGACACUGGAGCAGGUGAGCCAAGUAGUAAGCAGGCUGAUGUCAACACUCUGAGUGGAGCAUUUAAGACGGUGAUGAGAGUGCAUUACCCAGCAGCCCUAGGACGCAUUGCCAUCCGCAUGGUCCCCUGCCCAGCGGUGUGUGCCGAUGCCUUUUCACAGGUUUCCAAUCUCAGUCCCUAUAGUUUUGAUGAGGGCUGCCUUUCCAACAGUCAGGACCACAUCCCUCUGGCUGCACUGCCUCUAUUGGCCACUUCCGCUCCGCAGUACCAAGACGCCGUGGCAACCGUCAUCCAACGAGCCAAUCAGGUGUAUGGAGACUUUAUCAGGUCCUUGGAAGGGGCAUCCUUCUCCGGACAGGUGUGUGUGAUCGGGGACUGUGUAGGUGGUAUCCUAGGGUUUGAUGCACUGUGCAGCAGUAACGUCAUCGUUUCAGAAAGCCAGAACAGCAGUAGACGAGGCAGCACAGUCAGCGUACAGGACACAGACCUCCUCUCCCCUGGCAUCAUAAUAAACAGUGUCUCUCCGUCUUCUCCAUCUUCUCCGUGUUCUCCGUCUUCUCCGACUCUGGAGGGCAGUCGCCAUCUUAGUCGCAGUAACAUCGACAUCCCUCGCAGCUCAGGGCCUGACGACCCCAAGAGAAUGCUGCCUCGCAAACGCAGCGACUCCUCCACCUACGAACUAGACACCAUCAAACACCAUCAGGCAUUCCUGUCCAGUCUCCACAGCAGUGUAUUGAGAACAGACCCAGGUUCGAGGCGCUCCAGCGGGAGUACCAUGCUAGAGGGAGGGAGGCUGGACUUCGAGGUGGCAGACUUCUUCCUCUUUGGUUCACCUCUGGGGCUGGUGCUGGCACUGAGGAAGACUGUGGUGCCGUCCAUAGAUGUAUCAUCGUUGCGUCCGGCCUGUCAGCAGCUGUAUAACCUGUUUCAUCCAGCGGACCCCUCUGCCUCCCGCCUGGAGCCCCUUCUAGAGAAGAGGUUUCACCAGCUGCCCCCCUUCUGUGUCCCCCGAUACCAACGCUUCCCUCUGGGGGACGGACACUCGGCUCUGCUGGUGGAGACUAUGCAGAGUAACCCCCAUCUCCUGUUGGAGUCAGUACCCCUGUCAGUACCCCUGCGUUGCCAGGAGGGGGGCGUCAGUGAGACCUCCAUCCCCGUCCCUGUACUCAGCUGGCCCCAGCAGGCCUCACAGCUCAACGACACGGACAUGCUCCACUCCCACUGUGGUAUGUUUGUGGACACCCAGUACCCGUCCUCCCCGCAGACUGGACCCCCCCACUCCAGGGGCCCCCGUAGGUCCAGCGAGGCCAGCAUCGCUAGCCAGGUGUCAGGCAUGGCCGACUCAUACACCGCCUCCAACAUCACCAACACUACUAAAUGCUAUAGCAGUUCGUCUAAGAAGCUGGGUCUCCUCUCCCAGCUUGCGCUUUCUAAACUCCCCUCGAGGAGCCCCUCUCCACGAGCCAGGAAGAAGAUACGGCCCUUCCUCACUCUCAGACACACCGACUCAGAGCAGGGUGACAAUGAUGUCACCUCUGACAUCACUUCCUCUGAUGCCUCCUCAGACCUGCCCUCUGACUUCACUGAUGUCACCUCUGAUGUCAUCUCUGAUGUCAUCUCUGACAUCACCGAUACGAACUCUGACCCUCCGUCGCCAGACACGCUGAUGGACAUAGAGCAAGUUGCGUCUCGGUGGUGGGGCAGUAAGCGGAUGGACUUUGCCCUGUACUGUCCUGAUGCCCUCACAGCCUUCCCCACUGUAGCUCUGCCUCACCUCUUCCAUGCUUCAUACUGGGAGUCCACUGACGUCGUCUCCUUCCUACUCAGACAGGUUAUGAGGCAUGAGAACUCUAGUAUUCUGGAGCUGGAUGGUAAAGAGGUGACCGAGUUCAAGCCUUCUAAACCCAGAGAGAAAUGGCUGCGCAAGAGGACCCACGUCAAGAUCAGGAACGUUACGGCCAACCACCGUGUGAAUGAUGCUGUGUUCACUGAGGAUGGAACACAGCUGGUGAUGGGACGCUUCAUGUACGGACCUCUGGACAUGGUCACUCUCACUGGGGAGAAGAUUGACAUCCACAUCAUGACCCAGCCCCCCUCAGGAGAGUGGGUGUACUUUGACACUGAGCUGACCAAUAGCAGCGGACGCAUCUCCUAUGUCAUCCCAGAGAGCAAGAGGCUGGGCAUUGGAGUUUAUCCUGUCAAACUGGUCGUCAGGGGUGACCAUACGUUUGCGGACAGCUACCUGACGGUGUUGCCGCGGGGAACAGAGUUUGUAGUGUUCAGUAUUGACGGCUCAUUUGCUGCCAGUGUGUCCAUUAUGGGAAGUGACCCCAAGGUCAGAGCUGGAGCUGUAGACGUGGUCAGACACUGGCAGGACCUGGGAUAUCUGAUAGUGUAUGUGACGGGUCGUCCAGACAUGCAGAAGCAGCGUGUGGUGGCCUGGCUGUCUCAACAUAACUUCCCUCAUGGCAUCGUGUCCUUCUGUGACGGCCUGGUCCACGACCCCCUCAGACACAAGACCAACUUCCUCAAGGCCCUCAUCUGUGAGGCCCAUAUGAAGAUCUUUGCUGCGUACGGCUCUACUAAGGACAUUUCAGUGUACUCCUCAAUAGGCCUGCCCCCAUCACACAUCUACAUAGUGGGGCGGCCCACCAAGAAGAUGUCCAGCCAGUGUCAGUUCAUCCCAGAUGGCUAUGCGUCUCAUCUCUCCCAGCUGGAGUACAGUCAGAGAUCCCGUCCUGCCAAGACCGCCAGUGCCCGUAUCGUCCUCCGUAAGGGCAGCUUUGGACUGGGCGCGGCCGGGGGGGACUACCUCCGCAAGCGCAACCACAUCCUGCGCUCAAUCAACCCAACUGGAGGGGCGGGGUCUAGCUCCUCUGGCCAACCAGGACGUACAGAACGCACGCUGAGCCAAUGCGAUGUGGAGAGGGAGAAAGCCGGAGCGGGUACCCAGAGGAGUAUGAGUAUAGCAGCUGGGUGUUGGGGCCGCACCGGGAGCACCAAAGAGGAAUCAGGAGGCUUACCCAGCCCUAAGUAGGGCUCACCAGACUGGGCUACAGGGGGAGGGGACCCUGCCUGACUUGACCUGAGCACCAUCUCUGGACUGGCCCUGAGAGAGAGAGAUGGAGAGAGGAGGAAAUAUGGUUAAGAGAGAGAUAAAGAAAAUGAUGGGAUGAAAGGGGAGGGAUAGGGUUAGGGAUGGAAA